ACAAGGAAGUACUUUUUUCAGCCCUUCUUGGGUUACCCUCUUAGAAUGGCUUCACUUAAGAAGGCCUACCUAAAUUACCUUCUGGGAUGCUUCUUUCGUCUCGUAAAUGCUUGAUUGGAUUAAGAUUGGGAGAUUCAGGAGGUGUUCCAAGUACCUGAGGAACAGAUCCAAAGUCACACAAUUUCGACAGUUUGUUAUAGAUGAACGAUUUGCAACAACAAAUGGAAUAGCCCAGUAGAUAAUUUCAGGAGUUAAAAGGCCUUCCAAAAGGCCUUCUUUAGACUUAAUAGGCCUUCCACUCUGUAUUCGUUGCUCCUUGCUUUUUUGUAUGGAGUGGCACAAAUUGAAGGCCCUUUGCUUUCGCUACCUAUAGAAGGACUUCCAGAAGGGCUUUAGUGGAACACUGUAGAUCUGCAAUGUAAAAUUUUUAAAUUGCUAAAAUUACUUCACACUAGCUAAACAGGAGCCUUUUUGAAUAAAGUCUCAUGGUUUGUUAUGCUUGACGGUUAAAGAUCUGAGCCCAAAGCGUCUUAAUACUUUACUCAUUACCUAUCUCUCAAAGCCACGCAAAGCAAGUCAAUUGAAUGUGCGGCAACGACGAAAUUUCUACAAAUUAAAUCUCUCAAUCUAAGUACGUAGUAUGUAUUUCUAAAUCACAGUUUCUUACAGGCCAUCAUUGAACAUUUUUUGAAACUACAAAAAAGGGUCACAAACUUCGGGGUAAUGCUAGGCGGCAGUACGGAUCGUCUAUGCACACCGAGCACGUCAGCUGGCCCAUUUCGUAUAUUUGCCGUCACUGGUUUCCAAAAUCGGGCAAAUGAUAUUGUCUAUUGUCCACCGAUACGGCCGACGGGCAGCGAGAAUGCGGAGGAUUCCACGGCCGUUGUUUACUUUGGCGGUGACGUACAGGACUUUCCGGAGAGCAUGGAAACGAACAGAGACAGUCGCGGCUACAUGAAAUACAAUUUGGAGAACUCCGCUAUAUUACUACGCGAAGCUUUUCCGCGCGCACACAUCAUUGUCAUCCGGCCUGUAAGAAUGGAAUUUAAAACAUUCAGUUGCUUCGACAAUUUCGUACGUGGUAAUAACGCUGGUGUCCCUGAUCACACUCCUAUGAACCAUGCAUUGCAACAUUUGGAAAAACUUCUUCAAAAUCUUUCUCAACGGCUGAUCUCUAUACCCGAAAACGAGAUAAUGGAUCAGGCUGCACAGGCUGCCGCGGCCGCUGCAGCUGUGGCGGCUGCUGCUGCUUUGGUAUCCUCCACACUAUCCACGGCAUCUACUGACUCGUCCGCCUCCUCGUCAUCGUUGACUGAUAAUAACCAAGAUAUGGAUAUUGAUAUAUUGCAAGUGCAGGAGAAUGUGACUGUUGAUGCCGACGGUGCUGUUAUAUUUCCAAAUGUCGGCGGUACUGGUACUGGUGUUGUUAGUGGUGGUGGUAGCAGUAAUUCUAGUGGUGGAGGUGUUUCAUCAACAGUAAAUAAUGCCACAAACAGUAACAUGUCCCUGGCGACUACAACAUCACAAAGCGCACAGUCGGUCCCUUUGCAACCAACAACGCAGCAGACGCAAUCCAAUAAUACCCAGCAUUUCAAUAACAUUGGUGUUAAUAGCAACAGUAAUGAAUGCAUAACACAACAACAGCAACCGCGUCUAAAUAGCAAUCCUUUGUGGUGGCGAGAGAAUUUGAACUUGGAUAAAGCGAAACUUGUUUUAAUUGGGUUCAGCAAAGGCUGUGUGGUCCUCAAUCAAUUCAUAUACGAAUUCCAUUACUUGAAAACUCUUACACCCGAUGAUAGUACAAUGAUACGAUUGCUUUCACGCAUCAAAGACAUGUACUGGCUGGAUGGUGGUCAUGGUGGUCAAAAGAAUACAUGGAUAACGUCUCGAAGCCUUUUAGAAACUCUUACACGAAUGGGCAUGAAUAUUCAUGUGCAUCUGACGCCAUAUCAGGUACAAGACGAUCGCCGGCCGUGGAUACGAAAAGAAGAAAAGAUCUUUACGGAUAUGCUUCGACGUCUGGGCGCCCCGAUAACGCGGCACCUGCACUAUGACAGUCAAACGGCGAAUUUAAUGACACACUUUGAAGUUUUACAAGCUUUUUGUCAACACAUUCAUGCAUUAAACCAACAACAUCAAUUGCAAAUGCAACAACAGCAAACAACACAACCGCAACAAACAUCGGCUUUACAACCUCUGCAGCAAUCUUCUAGCAAUAUUCAGAUUAAUGAGCAAUUACAACAACAACAGCAGUUGCAACAAGCACAGCUUAACUCAAUUCGUUCAGAGUUGGCCAAGACAAGUGCUAGCGGACCGAAGUGACAUCACCGGCGUCGCAAUGUUGGCCGCUUACACUUGCGUAGGAUGGCUAUAGCGGAACCGACAGGCAGCGCUUUGGCAACGACAUCGAAAAAAGUUAUGCGCGUACAACCCCAGCCACAACAACAGUUAUUACAACAGCAACAGCAUCAAUCUGUAGUUGCUGCUCCGUCUAACUUUACUUUGCUCGAUAUAGCAACAACAUCAAUUGUAAAUAAUUAUACGCGACAUUUUCCAAAAAACACAACUACACCAGCUACAGUUACAAGUGCAGACGCAACAGCAGUGCAUAACCGCCAACAACGUCAAAAACCACCAAACCUGCAGAGGGGCCGAGCAAGGCCGAAUCAGCGCCAUCAUCAUCAUCACAGAGGUCAUCCAACUAAAAUUCACCAUUAUUCUCGAGCAAAAGGUAGGCUUCUACAACAUCAGCCUUGUCGUUGAAUUUUUGAGAGUGGCAUAAAAGCCUACAUAAUUGUGGUUAUGUGUAUAUAGCUUCCGAUGUCCAUUAAAUGUCCACACAUUUAUAUAUACAUAUUUAUACACGCAUCCAUCAAGAUAAAUCUGUUUAAAUCGUUGAAUAUUAUUAUGGUUUAAACUUUUUAUUUAAAUAAAAUGUGUUAGCAUAAGUUAUGCAAUUAGGUAUUUAGGUAUGCAAUUCAUAAUACAUAUAAAUUUCAAUUGAAAUUUUAUAAAUUUGCAUACUCUUAAACAAAACCCAUUUUAUACAUACAUAUAUAAAAAUUAAAGUUUAACAUUACUUAUUUAAAAUGUUAAGUUUAAUUUAAAUGGAAAAAUGUAUUAACCAUUUAAAUGCUGUACAAUUCUUUUUUCCACUGAAUUAAGUAAUCGGUUACUUAAUACCUUGCCGUGGAGAAAGAGGAUAUUGAACUAAAUAUGAGUUUUUUUCAUAUCAGGAUAAUUCUAAUUUAGUUAUUGCAAUCAAAGACAAUUUUUUUGCGGUAAAUUAAAGCAAUAAUUCUACAUAUUUUUAGCUGCUAAUUAUAUAUACUUCAUGUUCAAAUCCAUAUAUUUGAUAAUUUUGUAAAAAAAACAACUCAUAGUCGAAAAUAUUUUAUACGCAUAAAUCACCAUUAACCAGUGCAAUCCUCUUAGGCUUUUAUAUGCUUGUUUUAAUUUGCUUUUAUUUAUUUUUCUUUAACAUAAUUUGCUUUCAUAUAAAAUGAUUUAUUACGAAGAAUUUUGGUUUUUUUAUUCAAAAAAAGAAACGACGUGCAUAGGGGUUCACAGCUUCAGGGUUACUGAGGCUCUGCAGUUAUUUGUAAUCAGUUUGCAAAAAUAAAAUGCACUGUAGAAUACGUAUCAAUAACCAGUUACCUUAAUAGCCAGAGAGCUGUGAAUACUUACAAUAUUCCAGAGUCUUUUGGUUUAGAUUUCAUCAAAUCAAACUGAUUCAAUCUGCUAUUGCUCCCGUGGUCAACAACCAGAACUUACUGCAAAUUUCUAAUUUGCCAAAAUUAAGAAAAAGUAAUAAUUAAAUCCAAAGUAUGCACACAGUUCUUUUAAGGCACAGCUUUGGUGCUCACACGUGUUUGGCCGAGCAUCUCAUCCAAUUUGAGGUGUGUUUAUCUUGUCACACAAAUAAAGAAACCUGCAGUUUUACGCCAACACUUUUUCGCUUUUUCAUAGCACAAGUCCUGUCUGGGGUUGCCAUUGCCUGUUGAGCGACGACCGAUGUUAGAAAAAAACUAUUUUUUUAUGGAUAUUGCUCAGACUAAGAAUCGAACAGGUGUGGUAGUAGGCACCAGUUACCACUCGGCUAUGACGGCCACGAUGGUCCGAUAAUAAAUGAAAAAAUAUAUAUAUAUAUGUAUGUAUAUAUUUACAUAUAUAAAAAUAUCACAAUGUUGUUCGUUAUCGACAUCCAUUUCAGUCCCACGCCACUGGGACACA